AUGUUUGGAGGAUCUUCACUCGUCACUGCGCUGCUGGCGGCCAGUGCCCUCGCUUGGACGCCCAAACACCGCGAACUUGCUGCCUUCAACCGAACAAGCAAUUCCUUCUCAAAACGCGCUCAUCCCCUUCCUAGCUGGAAAAUCAGAGGCGUCAACCUCGGCGGCUGGCUGCUGUCAGAGCCCUGGAUGAUGAGCGGGGAAUGGUCAGACAUGGGCUGCGGCGGCGCCUGCUCAGAGUUCGGCUGUGUCCGCUCUCUCGGUCAGGAACAGGCAGACAUUGCGUUCAAUGCUCACUAUGCGCGCUGGAUCACCCCAAGCAUGAUCGAGGACAUCCAUAAUGCAGGGCUGAACACGAUCCGGAUACCGAUUGGAUACUGGAGCCUCCGAGGCAUCGUCGACAGCAGCGAACACUUUCCCAGGAUGGAUCUAAGAUAUCUGGAUGCCGUUGUGGAAAAGGCUGCGGAGCUGGGCAUGUAUGUUGUUAUGGACCUCCAUGGUGCGCCGGGAGCUCAGAAGACCAAGGACCCGUUUACAGGCCAGUGCCUCCCCGUAGAAUACUUGCCCGGAUUCUUCACGCAACGCAACUAUGACCGUGCCACCAGGUGGCUUGACUGGAUGACACGGCGUGUGCACACCAACGCCGCCUACAGAUCCUCCGUGGGCAUCAUCGGUGUGGUAAACGAGCCGCAAACCGCGCGUGACCAAGGCGGCAUGCCUCAAGAGGAGAUCGAUACGCUGACCCAGAAGUACUACCCGCAGGCCCUCAAAGCCGUCCGCGAUGCGGAAAAUGACCUCGGCAUCGCUGAGGACGACCGUCUGCACGUGCAGUUCAUGGACACACUCUGGGGCGCUGGCAACCCCAGGUCAGACAUACCCGCCGACACCAAGAUCAUGUUUGACGACCACAACUACAUCGGCGGUGCCGUGGUAGCGAAGAACCCCGACGCCAAGCAAGCAGACUACAUGUACUACACCUGCUACGAGGACGACCGGCUCUCCGACGGCGACACGCCCAAGAUGGUCCAGGAGUGGAGUUUAACCGUGCAAAACGAAUACUCUUCCGAAUUUGACUGGCGCCUCGCCCAAAACGAAGCCUUCUACAAGCAGUGGUUUAUCGCGCAGCAAGCCCUCUACGAAAAAACUCACGGCUGGAUCUUCUGGACCUGGAGGACCCAGCUCAACGAUCCCCGCUGGGACUACAGCUACCUCGUCUACAAAAAAUGGGUGCCUACCACAGUCGAGGACCUGGAUGCCAGCGCCGCGAGAGACAUUUGCACAGAGUACUUUGGAACCCAGGGUAUGAUUGCCAAGACGAAGAGAAUGACGCGGCGCGCGCGUAAACAGAGAGACACUCAUAUUUAG